AGGGGGAAAGGGGAGGUCACUGUCGCUUCUGGCUAGGCCUAAGUCAUUUGUUAUUGUUUUAAAACUUUUCCCCACAGUGAAAUUAUGAAAGCAACAAUGAGCUUCGCUCACCGUGCGUGGGCAAGAAUUGUCUUUUAUAGCAGACCACACAGGGCAUCGAAACAAACUACAUGUAUCUGAACAUGGCUGAGUCUUAUGCUUGUCCAACAAAUGACUCUGGCUCUUCUCAUUCCGAUUCCGAUCAAGUCAAUCAAGACCAAAACAAUGGCAUGCAGGAGGCGGAGGGGACCAAUCAGUUCAGUCAUAGUUUUGAUGACAUCCAUUAUGGCUUUGAUGCAAUUGAUCGUGCAUGUCGAAAUCUUUACCCAGAACCUCAUAAUCCAGCGAUGAUCUCAAGCCCAGCCAUAAAAAUGUGGGAAGGAGGCGUGUAUCCCCUGGACUACGUCAAAGUUUUCCUCCAUGCCGGCCAAGUCGGCCUCUCAGUUCCUCCACACUGGCACUUUGUCACCUACGGACUCACAGACCUGUACGGCGACGGCCGUGUGCACCAGUUCACAGGCAGACAUGAGGAUAGCGGUUAUGGAUUCGAACUGACGUUCCGACUGUUGGCGGGAGAAGGGAGCGAACCCCCGGAGUGGCCCAUCACGCUGCUCAAUAAUCUGGCCCGCUACGUUUUCAACACAGGUGUGGGUUUCCGUGAGUUUGACCACAUUCCCUGGCACGGGCCCUUGGACCGCGAGCUGCCGGGAGGGGACAUCAACAAAUCUCUGCCUGUGUACCGCUGCCAAUCAGAGGUGAACGCCAUGUUGGUCGUGGAGGACCCGGAGCUUCCCUGUCUGGACACACCGCACGGGCAACUCACCUUUCUACAGGUUGUUGGCAUCACGGACAUGGAGUUUUUGUACGCACGCUCGUGGAAGAGUCGAGCCGUGGUGGACAAGUUGUUGGACCAUCCACAGGUGGGCCCCCUGCUGGUGACCGACGCAGACAGGAAGUUGUCGAUCUUUGACGUGGACUUGGGUCUCCUCGCAGACUUCCACGACAAGAUGGAGGAGGAGGGGACGAACCUUGGACGAGUCACGGCGCAUGUCAGGUGGUCGGUGCCCGAGCAUCUGCUGAACGACCGGGAGCCCCUGGGUCUCCUCAAGGACACGCUGGGCUGUGAGGUCAGCGACGACCACAACCCCCCGGUCUACCGCGUCGACACGGCCACCGCAUAUUUCGAGCCCGGAGCGGCAGAGUUGUUGCCCCUUAUGGUCAAAUCAUGUGUACCGAGGACACCAUCAGGGAAAUGUCUCACCACUUCUCCUCCCUGGAGCUCAUCACCAAG